GUCGACUCUAAAGCGAUUGCUUAUGUAAGUACCAUAGCGAAAUGGACCAGUUACUGUUGGAUGCGAAACGCCUAGCAUGUCGUCUUCGUGAGCAUAAUGGCUCAGCAGAUGCACUCAUUAGUCAAGCAAACGGUCUCCACUGUAAAUUAGAUGCUAUGAAGCAGUAUCAAGACAUAGUCAGUGACCUAAAUGAAGUGGCAAAUCGCAGGCCACGCAGCACACUUAUCUUAGGCAGUCAAGAAGAGAAUGCUCGUAUACGAGAAUUGCAACAAGAAAAUAUUGAGCUUCAAACAUCAGUAGCAGAAUAUCAGUCAGCUUUGGAACUUAUCAUGGCAAAGUACAGGGACCAGGUCUCUCAACUUAUCAAAGCAAAUAGACUCGAUGCCAGCUGCAUGAAACUGAACAAUUACAAGGAGUUACAGGCCAAGACAGAGCAAAUCUGUGAAAUGGCUGCUGUUAUGGCACAAGCAAUCUACAUCGAUGAUGAGGCUAUUCAACAGGAGCAAGAAAAAAUGGCUUCUAUUGAGUCAGAAAAUAGAGGCCUGAGAGAAUUGUUAAAGAUUAGUGGAAUACCAUAUCCUGAAGCAACAACAAGUGAAGAGAAAGCUUCACCCAACUGCCAGCCAGAUAGUCAGGAAACCUCUGAAGAUUGACUUAUUUCUUAUUGUAUUGUUGGCCAUGAUCUAGGCUUUCAAGUGUUUUAAAAACUUAUUCAGACUUGAAAACACAGUUGAACGUGUAAUAUACAGACUGUGAGAGACAGGACACGAACUGGCUGUUUGUUGCCCUCGGUGUGGUAUGUCCACACAAAAUACCCAGGCACUUGUUAAGGGCAAAAAAAGGAAGUUGUUUUAAGUUUGAAAUUAUUGAAAAUUAAUGAGAGGUGCUAUGUACUGAAAAUAAAUGAGUACCAAACUUAAGAUUUCUGUUUGUAGUAUGUAGUAUAAGACUUGUUUCAAACCUCAAACCUCAGACCAAACAAUCUCUGUAAUGGAGUGAAAUCUUUUUUCCUUGGAGUAAGUGGUGGUGGAUAAUUUUUUCCAUCUUCGUUUAUGAUUUUAUCCUAAAGGUUGAAUAAUAUAAUGAUUCCUGCAAUUUAUCAGAAAGGUAGCCUUGGAGAUUUUAUUUUUUCAUUUUCUUAUUUGACUUCAUUCUAGAGGUUGAAUAAUCAUUCCCACAGUUUAUCACAUACAGUUCUAUUUCAGGCUAAGUAUUUCAAAAUAGACUUAAUUAAAGAACACAAAUAGUGUGUUUUAGUCCCAGUCCCAAGUUCUGACCUCUCCAUAGUUGUGAUGAUAUUUAUUGACCAUGCCAUGGUAACUGGGAAAGUAUAGUUUCUGAGCAAGGGUUGAACUUUGGACUAGGGUUUUAGUGUUGACAUUUCUAUUAGAUUGGCACUGCACCAAAUGUUAUGGCUAGCCAGGCAGCUUCCAUGCACCCGAUGUAAACUAAAUAAAAGUCUAACAAGCGGA